UAAAUAUCAAGUGCAGACCACGAGUAAUUCACCAAUAGGCGCUCUCAGAUAUAAACCAAAACAAUUGCGUUAUCAACAUCGCAAUGCGCCUCCUUCCUCAACAUUCACUGGCGAAUUUAUUUAUUAUUGUGUGGUAAGUAAAACAUAACCGUCCCCUCUAGCAGAACAAUGGUGGUUGUGGUCCAGGAACCUAUUGAGGAAUCGGAGCCUAUGAUUAAGGCCGAAACAAGUCUCCACGAUUUGAAUUGCACAAAUUCGUACUCGGGGAAGGCCUACAAAAACAUAACCAGCUCAAUAAAGGUGAAUCUGCUCCCAAUAAGAUCGCCGAAGACGGCCAUAGAACUUCUAUCAACCGGCGUUCGCUUACAAAACAUGCCACUAGUAAAACAAUGUAUUGAAAAUCUCGAUCACCAAUUAGAUAAGACUAACGUUCUUAUGAUAUACUCGAGCUUAUCCAAAUGCAAAAUGCCAACAAGCAACAAAUACGAUUUCGAACCAUCGGCGCCUCCCAUAAUCGAAAACGAAACACAUCGCGACACGGACUGGGUGCAGGAAUUAACCGACAGCUUACGUCACAAUUGCUUACUAGUGAUAGAUAAGAACGCCGAUUACGUCCUCAAACAGAAGGAAAUACUCGAACUAUCAUAUCUGGACCUAAUCAACAUCGCCGAGAGAGACACUCUGCAAGUGACCGACGAAAUGUCGAUUUACAGCGUCAUCCACCGUUGGGCGAUCGAGGAGUGUCUUCGUUGUACACUCAACACUCACCUUUCGAACUUGAAAGCCGUGCUGAGACAACUGUUCUACACUCCACGUUACGGUUUAAUGUCAAAAGCGAAAUUCAUGACGAGAACUGUGGAUAACGUAAAGGGUCCUUCGCGCAGCGGAAUUUUGGAGGAGAAAGAGUGGCGACUCAUUAAAUUUUACAUCAAGGAGAAAAGCAAAAAGAGGUCAGUUGAGGAGCUGCUACACAAAUGGUCCCGGCCGAGGACAAUUGGGAACGAAAAGCCAAAAGUGUUGAGCCGAAGAAGUUCUUCGCGACACGCUGGUAACACAAGUUCGAAUACCUCAACAACAAACCGCCACAGUAACACAACUUACGAAAAAUGUUUACUUAAUUUUUUAACAUGUUGGACUGCAAUUUUCGACUGAACUUUUCCUUCUUCGAUAAACCUCUGGGAACUGAUAUGUACCUCUAAGAAUAUUAACGUUGUGAUUUUUACCUUUUAUACCUACUAGAUAUAGUAUUUAUUUGUUAAUGAUUGUUUUGCCAUAUUUUUAUUACUUUUUUAAUGAUUAAUAUAUUAUUAUAUAUUAUAUUUUUUGUGCAAGUCUGUAAUUUGUUAUAUUAAAAGCUUUUAUUUUGUA